GAAGAAGCCUACACAUGUGACAGUGAACUGCUGGUUCUGCAAUCAGGACACAAUAGUGCCAUAUGGGAACCGCAACUGCUGGGACUGCCCCAACUGUGAGCAGUACAAUGGGUUCCAAGAGAAUGGAGACUACAACAAGCCCAUCCCUGCUCAGUACAUGGAACACCUUAACCAUGUUGUGUCAGGUGCUACGACUUUCUGUGAUCCUACCAAACCGCAACAGUGGGUGAGCAGCCAAAUUCUGCUUUGCAAGAAAUGCAACAACCAUCAAACCACGAAGAUCAAACAGCUGGCUUCAUUCUCACCAAGGGAGGAGGGAAAAUAUGAUGAGGAGAUUGAGGUGUAUAAGCACCAUCUGGAGCAGACCUACAAGCUGUGCCGUCCAUGCCAGGCUGCUGUGGAAUAUUACAUAAAACAUCAGAAUCGGCAGCUCCGGGCGCUGCUACUCAGCCACCAUUUCAAACGCCGUGAGACAGACAAGACCUAUGCUCAGAAUUCAUGUUCUUCUUCCUCUUCUGCUUCCAUAACCACACCAGCUCAGGUGAUAUUUCUGCGGUUCUUGGCCUUCCUCAGCUGCGCGUUCCUGGUUCUGAUGGCCUUGUAUGGGUCAGGCGACCCCUUCUCACUCAGUGCAGUAGUCCCUGCUCCUGUCUCCUCUGGUCCAGCAUCCAUUCAGAACAGGACUGGCACAAGUUCACGUGCAGACUUGGAAAAUGACGCUUCCGUGACGGUGGCAGGCUGGCAGGAGCUGCUCCGCCUGCUCCCAGAACAGAUGGUGGAGAACCUGAGUGCCGCAUGGGCUUACGGGAAGAAUCACCAGAUGGCAGUCGCUGUCCUUGGACUGUUCACCUGCCUGUUGGCCAUGUUCUUAGCUGGGCGGAUCAGGCUCCGGAGAAUUGAUGCAUUUGCUUCAGUCUUGUGGUUCGUAGUGAUGAGUCUGCACUUAGCUGAGAGGUACCUGAAGACAGAAACACCCAACUGGCUAGACACAGCCAAAUUUGGCACCACAUCCUUGUGCUGCUUGGUGGGCUUCACCGCAGCAGUGGCCACGCGGAAAUCAACGGGCCAUCGGAGAUACCGGCCCCGAAGGUACCUUUCUGGGGAUUCGAUUACGGUAUUUCCCAGCGGCACUGGGACUGGCUUCCCUUCCACUGCUACGUCUCUCUUUGUCCCAACACCACCCAGUAUUCUCCAGCUGACAAACCAACAGCUCUUCAGAUCCCCACGCAGACCUUCUUCUUCCUCUCUUCCUGGUCGUCUCAACAGGGCACUCUCGCUGGGUACCAUCCCCUCCUUGGCUAGAGCAGAUUCUGGCUAUUUGUUCAGUGGAAGUCGACCAGCCUCACAGUCCUCUCAGUCCAAGGAAUCUCCUACAUCAGAGCACUUCUCGCUGCUGUCCGGCAGCUGUGCUCCGUCCCGCAUCCCCUCUCCAGCACCAUCGGUGGCUGGCUCUGUGACUUCCAGCUCAGGUUCCUUGCGGUACCGCCGGCCACUCAUCAGCCCUGCGCGCCUGAACCUGAAAGGACAGAAGCUGCUGCUUUUCCCAUCUCAGAAUGAGGCUCUGCUGACCCCAACUAGCUCAGAGGAGCACACCCACUCAGACAGCAACAUCUUUGCCACCGAGCUGUCCUCCUUUCCAAAGAAGAACCUCAGUGAGCGGGGAAUGCAUGAUAUGAGAUCUGCUAUGGAAGGAGGGAGUAUUUGCAGUGAUAAUUCCAUCAAGAAGGAGGAUCACUCCUCACACUCAUCUACCUGUGUGGUAGACACAACUACGAAAGGGGAAGAUUUGGCAGGCUGGAGAGGUCAUUUCAGUAACUCCGCUCUCCGAGGUCUGCUAGCUGUGAGUCUGACUCUCAAUGCUAUCUUCACAUCAGCCUAUGUCUACCGGAGCCUGCGUUGA